AUGGCUAAUAUUGUUGUUAAAAUUGUUGUUCUUGGAAACAAAGAUGUUGGAAAAACAACUCUAUUAACAACAUACACAACUAAAGAGUUCCCAUUACCUUCCAACUUAAAGAUAUAUGAUGGUUACAAUGUGGAACACAAGUUUGAUAAUGGUGAUGGAGUACGCUCUUUAUGGGAUCCUUGUGUGCCAGGCGGCGAAAGUUUACUCAGCAUGAGUUACAUGGGAACCAACUGUUUCAUUAUAUGUUUUUCUCUCGUCGACAAAAAGUCAUAUCAGGAAGUUGGAAAGACGUGGAAACAAGAAGUUGAAGAUUUGGGUGUACCAAUAUUGUUAGUUGGGUUGAAGAAUGAUUUACUAGAUACAAAUGCUUCUGAAGAUAAAAUAAAAACGGAAGAGGGAGUUGAACUCGCAAAGAAAAUAGGUGCUGUGAAGUAUCUUGAAUGUUCAGCAAAAAACAUGACUGAUGUUGACCCAAUUUUCAUGGAAGCUGGUAAAAUUGGUGAUAUUUAUAGAUUGCAUGAAUGGAACAAGAAGAUGAUAAUGAUGAAGAAGAUGAUGAUGAUGAGGUGGAGGAUAAUGAUGAGGAGGAGUAAUUUUUAA